AUGGAGAAUGAACAAAUUUCGCUCGGGCCGCAGCUUCCAAUAUUGCGUAAAACUGUAUUUGGGUACGCUGUCGCUGGUGAUCAUUCUCAGCAAGAUCACAUUCGCACCGCCGUCUGCAAUACUGCCAUGACUCUCGACAAACUUUCGGCAGCAGUAAAUAAAUUUUGGGAGGUUGAAAGCUUUGAAGGAGGCAAAUGCCUCUCGUUGGAAGAACAAUACUGCGAGAAUCAUUUUUUGAGAACCCACUCAAGAGCCCCUGACGGUCGGUACGUGGUUUGGUUACCGAUUCGUGAGGAAAUGUUGUCGGAACUGGGAGAGUCGUUGCCGGUCGCCCUUCGUAGAUUUCAUGCAAUUGAGAGGAAGUUUUUGGUCAACAAACAACUACACUCGGACUAUGGCCAAUUUAUGGCCGAGUACAAAUCGCUUGGACACAUGGAAGCUGUCACACCAGACCCUUCUCUACCUAACUUCUAUCUUCCUCAUCACGCAAUCUUACGACCGGACAGCACAACUACUAAGACACGCGUCGUAUUUGAUGGCUCAAGUAAAACGACGAGUAAAUUAUCCUUGAACGAUCUUUGCUACAUCGGCCCCACAGUUCAACCUCCACUGAUAGCCACAAUUCUCAACUUUCGUUUGCCUCAAUACGUCAUAACUGCUGACAUCGAGAAGAUGUACAGGCAAAUUGCUGUACAUCAAGAUGACCGUGCGCUGCAGCAAAUUCUGUGGAGAAUUCAACCAACCGAUCCUGUGAGUACAUAUCAGCUUACUACUGUGACCUAUGGCACAGCUUGUGCACCGUAUCUCGCCACUCGUGCCCUUAACCAAUUAGCUGAAGAUGAUGGAGAAAGGUUUCCACUAGCAGCUCGUGUCGUAAAACGGGCGUUCUAUGUCGACGAUUGUUUAGCUGGAGACGACAAUAAGGAAAAAAUAAUCGCAACCUGUAAACAACUUACUGAAUUAUUAAUCUCGGGGGCUUUGUUUUAA